AUGCAAAACAGGACGGGGCAGGGAGACAGGCGGGUGCGUGCGUGCGUGCGUGCGUGCGUGUGUGUGUGUGUGUGUGUGGACCUGCUACUGAUACAGGAGCACGGUUGGGGUACGUACGAGAUGGGGGGAGGGGGAGAAGGAGGAGGGGUGCGGGUGCGUGGGAGGGAGGGGGUGUGCGUGACGGGGGUGGAGGAGUGA